UAAACCCCCCUGUGCGCGUCCUUCCUUCCUCUUCUAUUCUCUCUCUCCCCCUCUCUCUCUCUCUGUUUCCCUUUUCUUUUCCCUUCCUUUGAUCUCAAGAAAUUUUUUGCAGAAUCAGAGCCCCAAACCAAGAAGAAGAAGAUGAGCUGCAACGGCUGCCGUGUCCUGAGAAGACGAUGCAGCGAACCCUGCAUUCUUAGGCCUUGUUUGGAUUGGAUUCCCAGCCCCCAAUCCCAAGGCUUCGCCACCCUCUUUCUCUCCAAGUUCUUCGGCCGCAGCGAUCUCCUCUCCUUCAUCGCCGCCGUGCCGGAAAGCAACCGACCUGCUUUGUUUCAAUCGCUGCUGUACGAAGCGUGUGGUCGUACGGUGAAUCCGGUAGGCGGCGCCGUCGGACUCCUCUCCACCGGGAAUUGGCGUGAGUGCCAGUCCGCCGUGGAGACCGUUCUAACCGGCGGCACUUUGCGGCCAGUUGUUGCCGGAACUUUAAGAAACGAAUCCCCUGGACCUUUUCUUACACCGUCCAAUCCUAUCAUCUUUGGAGCCGGAAAAGGAGGCGGAGCAAUGAAUUGUGCGCCGGAGAAGCAGCCGGCGGGGGCGGGCAUGUGGUUGAAGUGGGAAGAAUCGGGGACCAUGAUGAGCUUUGGAGGAGGUGAUUGCGGCGUCCAGAAUUUCAAAGCCCAAGAUCCGAAGCUUCUGAAUCUUUUUGUGUAGAUUACAGAGAGCUAAACUAAUUAGAUAGGUUGGUGCUUAAAUUUUCCGGCGAGUGUAAUGUAGUAGUACCUUUAGGUGAAUAAAAUUCUCACCUUUUCCGAUGUAUUUAGGAACUUCCGGCGUGUCCAUUUUUGUUUUCUUCCCUUUUUUUUUUCCUUAUUUUGUUUCCUUUCAGUCUCUCUGUCUUAGAAAACAAAAUUGUAAUGUAAUGAACCUUCUUCUCCUCCAUUUGGGCAUAACAUGAGCUCUAUCUCUAUGUGGGCUGGCUA